AUGCCUGCGGAACCCACGAAAGCGAAACUCAAGCGCCGCGCAAGCAGAAAAGAGUUGGAAGAGUACCGAUUCGACGGCAGCCAUGGGAGAGAGCUGGAGAUGAAACGGAACAGAGGAGAGGUUAGCUGUGCCGAAUGUCGCAGACUCAAGAUAAAAUGCGACAAGCAAAUCCCUUGCCAGUCCUGCCAGCGGAGAGGAUGCGCAACACUGUGCCCGAACGGAAGUCUCGCGACUGGACAAGGAACACGAUUCGUGUUGGCAGCCACCGAACAUCUACAUCGCCGCAUUUCUCGUCUCAGCGGGCGCAUUCGCCAGCUCGAAGAUGCUCUGGCUGUUAUACACGCGAAGCACUCGACGGAGCCGCAUCCGCUCCUCCACGAGGAUCUAAUCGCCGCAGAGGAGCACGAUGAAAUGGAGGACACAGGCGAGGAAAGUUUGGUGUCGGUGACGCAGAACAAGGAGGUGUUGGACGCUUUCGGGACCCUCUCGAUAUCCGACCACGGCAUCUCGAGGUUCUUCGGUCCUACAGGAGGCUCAGAGAGUCUGCUGCUGACGCACACUGACUCGAACCAACCGUCGCCUGAGAGCAUACAUACGCCAGACUCGAUGCGCGGAUCGAAGAGCCCGUCCUCGAACAAAGAUCUGUCCCUGUUUUCCCAGUCCUUCCCGUUCACUCCCAUGGGUCCGACAGCAGACGUACAGGAGCUGAUAGAGGGCCAUUUACCGCCAUACGAGCAUACAAUCGCCCUGUGCGAGAUAUAUUUCGACCAGUGUGCAUGGCUGUUCCGUGGGACGACCCGAACGCAGCUCAUGGACGACAUGGUGCCCACCAUCUACAAGCGGCAGGCCGUCCCUCCAGGAGAGGAUUACAGCGGGCCGCACGACCUCGCCUUGCUCUUCAUUGUGCUUGCCAUUGGGUCUCUGGUCGGCCAGGAACCCUCGGACGCCCAAGGCGAGCACUUCCACCAGAUCUCGCGAGCGGCGCUCGCCCUACAGCCUGUGCUAGAAAAGCCGUCGAUCGUGACAAUCCAGUGUCUACAUCUGAUGAGCAUCUACAGCGCGAUGAGUGGGAGCGAUGUGAAGAACGAGACGAGCAUGGAGAUGGCGUGGUCUCUGAUCACCCUUUCGUGCCAUUUAUCCCAAACUAUCGGUCUUCAUCGUGACAGUGCUCGAUGGGGUCUCUCGCCGAAGAUGGUCGAACGGCGACGGACGCUUUUCUGGGACCUUUUCACGGCCGACGUUUGGCAGAGCUUGAACAACGGACGACCGCCGUCCUUCUCCUUGGCCUAUAUCGACUGCUCUUUCCCUCAAUACAAGAACGAUGCAAAUGGUAAGGAUACAACCUUAGGGGCGACGUUUGAAAUAUGGCAAUUCCGCUUUGCGUCUGAGUGUGUUGCGGACGUCACAGCACGCACCCUCACCGCCGAAGCUCCGUCGUACGCGACUAUCAUGGACCUCGACCGCAAGGUUCGCGAAUUCCCUCUACCUGAGGGUUUGGGGUCCUUGGACAACUUUGGAACAUCGUUCCAGCGCUUCGUGUUGGAGCAUAUCAAAGAGACAGUCCUCAUGUACAUUCACCGGAGCUUCUUCGCCCAAGCAAUAAUGGAUCAUCCGGCCAAUCCUUUGAAGAGCCCGUACGCCCCUUCCUUCCUCGCGGCGUAUCGCGCUUCGUCGACCAUCCUCAAGUCCGUGCGAGAGCAGUUCAAGUUGUGGCCGAACUCGUGCUCUCGGUUCUGGACGAUGUGGACGUUUGCCUUCUCCGCAGCCGUGGUGUUCGGCACUGUUGCCACGCGCGGUCCGCGAUCUCCACUCGCCCAGUCGGCGAUGACCGAACUCGAACAAGCCUGUGUAUUAUUCUCAAAGGCGUCUGCGACCUCUCUGCGUGCUACGAAGGCUCUGCCUAUUCUUACAAGGCUGAGUGAGAAAGCUCGCUACGCCCUUGCUGCUGCGCAGAAGGACCCAGACCCGCUUUCUGGUGACAAAGGUGGUCUCCUAUGGAAUAUCAAGCAGGACGACGACGACGACGAGCUGUCUAUCAUCGCUGGUCGCACACGGUUUAUCUCAACGAAGAAAAGCGACUGCUCGAACUCGACGCCGCCUCACUCUGGUCGCUUCGAGCCCAGCCCACCUCUCUACCCUGCCGCCGCCGCGCCUGCCCCGGAACCUAUGCAAACCCAGCUAUCUGGCCCCGUCCCCGUCGCAGGUUCUGGGUACCAAGUCCCAUCCCACCCACCACCACCUCCGCCUAGUUCGUCGUCGAGCAUGAGCAGCUCGUGGGAGCCGCAGUCGCGGGACGAGUACAUGGCGCCGCCGAUGGAGAUGAGCUACUCUUACGCACCGUCGCAGAGGACCCAGCCGCCGCCCGACAUCGCGGCACCGUACACCUGGCCGAACGAGUCUCAACAACGUGCUGCGGGGCCGUCUUCCAUGCAGCAUCGCCCCGUCGCCUCCUCGUCCUCGCAGCAGCUACGCCACUCCAACGUCCAACCGCCGCCCCAGCAAUAUUAUAUGCAAUCCGCCCCUGUCGAGUUCCAACCGCCUCAAGGCCACUACGCCUCGCACUAUGCGCCCCAGUCGCAUGCAAGAGCACAUCCACAGCCUCAUAUCCCGCCUCAGCACCAGUCCUACCCUCAACACCGUGCUGCCUCCUCGUCGCAGCAUCCCUCACAGCAUCCCUCACAGCAUCCCCCGCAACAUCCUUCACAACAUCCCUCCUAUUCGCUGUAUAACCCGAACCCUGGCUAUCCCGCCACAGGUGCCGGGCCAGCGGGAUCGAACGUCGACCUUGCAGACCUCGGACUGGUCUCGCGAGAUUCAAGGCUCGAUGAACGAUGGGGUUCGUUCAUGGCAGAUUCGGGAUUAUUGGAUGACUAUAGACGCCGUUAG